UGUGUGUGUGUGCGUGCGUGCGUGUGUGUGUGUGCGUAGUCACAUCCAGGCGCCUUCAUUUCACAAACCCACCAGCGCAGUGAAGAAGCACUGAAGCGCAUCUGAGAAACAGCGCUGCCAGGAUUGUGGUUAAAAAGGGAGCUGGCAGGCGAAAACAGGAAACAUUUCCGCAGUGAAAACGACGUUAUUCGGGGCGUCUUCGCGAGCUUUUUCCCCACCAGCGCCGAAUGAUACCCCAAGAGGAAUCACUUACAGAUACGAGACUGAAGCCUCGUAAUCGGAGCAAAGCUGUUGCUGCUGCUGCGCUGUUUGGGUGCCGUGUUAGCGGGCUAGCUUAGCCUGCUCCAUUCGCGAUAUACCGACGAACAAAGAAGCGGAAAAAACACAUUUCAGACGCUUUGCUGGGCUAAAAGGUCUGCGUAAAUAUUUGAACAGAAAACUGUCAUGAUGUUUCCACAAUCCAGGCACUCGGCUUCAUCACAGCAGCUGAAGUUCACGACGUCAGACUCCUGUGACCGCAUUAAAGACGAGUUCCAGUUCCUCCAAGCACAAUAUCACAGUCUAAAGCUAGAAUGUGACAAAUUGGCCAGUGAGAAGUCGGAGAUGCAGCGUCAUUAUAUCAUGUACUAUGAGAUGUCCUACGGAUUGAACAUUGAAAUGCACAAGCAAGCAGAGAUUGUGAAGAGAUUAAAUGCAAUCUGUGCUCAAGUCCUGCCUUACCUGUCUCAAGAGCACCAGCAGCAGGUCCUGGGAGCUAUAGAGAGAGCCAAGCAGGUCACACCACCAGAGAUGAACUCCAUUAUACGGCAGCAGCAGCUUCAAGCACACCAACUCUCCCAGCUGCAGGGGCUGGCCCUGCCAGUGACCCCUCUCCCCCUGGGCCUGAGUCAGCCAAGCGGCCUGCCCACCGUCACCUCCAGCUCCGCCCUCUUCUCCCUCUCCAGCAUCCUGGCAUCGCAGGCCCAGCUCGCUAAGGAGGACAAGAGCGCCAGAGACGCCUCGGACAGCCACCGUGACGAGGACGCCGACAAGUCCGACUAGACGUCGCUCCUCUGCCUGCUAUUGGCUGUGACCUCAUCCUCCAGUGCUCGCUUACAGCACAAGCGCAUUGUCUUUCUUUCUCUUUCUCCUCAUUGCUGUAAAUUGCUAUUGUGAUCUUGAUAAUCUGUUCUUGAUCGUUCCACUAGCUUUAUAUUCAGCAGUCCACCUUUUUUUUUUUUCUUUUCUUUUUUUCCAUAAAUAUAUUUCCUAUAUAUUUAGUUAUUUUUCUGGCACCUCUCUCAGAGUGUAUAUGUGUAUAUCUCUAUGUACUAUGUAUUCCAUAUUCUGCUUCGUCUCAGCAUGGCCAUCAAGCUCCACUGAGGCACCACCAGUGUUUCUUUGAGCACAGUUUUAUCUCCCCCUACUUUUCUUUCUCCUGAAGAGAUUCUUUUAUCCUUCACCUUUGAAGGAGCACAUUUAUCGCUGACAGAAUGAAGAGAAAAAGAAACGAACGUAAUGAAGGUCAGCAGUAGUAUGUGAACUGUAGAACGCAUGCUUUAUUUUCUGCAGCAUUUUUGGUAUGGGUGUAGUUUACCUCUAUAAAUAACAGUUAAAUGGCUUACAGCGAGUUAGAAUAAAGUGACUCACUGACCUUUUUAAAGGAAUAUUUUAACAUUUUUUUUUUUUUUUUUAAUUUACAAGAAAGGUUUAGUCUAUCAUUUGAUUCUUUAUUUUUGCACUGGACAUUAGCUAGCACAUUAACAUAACUUAAAAAACAAACAAACAAAAAAAAUGGAAGUCUGUCUCACCCAAAAUCUUUUGCGUAAACACAUUGUCAAGUAUUCACAUAUUUGCCCCAAACAACACCACUAAGAUAUGUGGUCUCCUUUAAUGAACAGUUUUAUGGAAGGAAAGUCCAUAUUCACAAACUGAAUUCCAGGUUUCUGCUACAGUGCCACCUACCAUGUGUCUGUGUUUCAGCAUUCAUGCCGGAUUCUGUUAUUUAGAGGUUAGGGCAAGACAUACUUUGUCCUAACAGUAGUUCUGGCUCUAAGGCAAGUUAUCGUUUCUAUGGUAACAACUUGCACAGGGACUUGUAUAUGCAGAAACCUAAUACUAAAAGGACUGUGGUGUUAUUUAACAAAAAAUACAUCAUGUAAUCGUUAUUAUUUGAGGCUUUCUGUUUAUUUAACAUUUAUGGAAGGAGUCUCCAGUGUUAGAGAUUUGUAACCACAUCAUUACUGAAAUUUCUUCUUAUUUGAAAUUUUUAUUUUUGAAAUCUUUAAAUUUCUUUAUGCUUUUGAGGCAAAUAUGUGGUUAUGCAGUAUGUUUUGGAUGAAAGAGACUACAUUUGGAUGAAGGGGAAAUUUUAUAUAUUUGUUCUACUUUUUUUCUCGAAAUAUUCCUUUAAACUGUUUGAGGUGUUAAUCAGAGGUCACUGCAGUGCAAAACGGAGAGAUUCUGGAUUAGUUAUGAUAUUCGCUAGACUUAAAAUGACCUAAAAAUUGUCCAACCCCUCUUUUUCUAUAUAUAUAUAUAUAUUACUGUUUAAUGUGUGGAUUCUGAAAGUGUGUUUGUUUUUUUCUCACUGUCAUAGACAGAGAGCAUUUAGCAUCAUUAAUCAGAACAGCUAACCCUCUCACCAAGUGAAGGGGCAAACUGUUUGAAAAAAAAAAAUCGAAUCUUUUUUUUAAUGGUAUUAUCUGUUACUGUCAAUUUGGUAAAAAAAAAUGAUUUGUGUUUGAUUGUGUUGUUUUUCUUAGAGGUACUUGGAGAAAUAAUAUGGUGGAAAAAUUGUAUACGAGAAACGAGAAGCACUUUCUCUUAGCAGAUUUCCCCUGUUAGAUGCAUGCAUGCAAAAAAAAAAAAAAAAAGCACAUGACAUACGAGAGCCAGUGAUCCUCGUAUUCUGAAACUAAAACAGAGCACAUUAUUUUCUUUAAGGAAACCAAGUAACAUUUUUGACAAGUUCUCUGGAGAUCCUGAGUAAUUCUUUACAUUUAUUUGCAGAUCUGAUACUCGCUGUCUUCUGUUGUGCCUUUUGUCCUGGAUGAAAUUCUUUAUUUCCACCAAUAGGGGGCAGUAAGCAUUCAGCAUGUUCUGUUGUGGCCAUGAUCAUGAUUUUUUUUUUUUUUAACGUUUACCCUUUUUAACGUUACACAAACGUCCCUUUCUUCUUUUGCAGAAUGAGAUUAGCCGUGCGUCUAAAUCAAAUGCACAUUUAUCCAAUCAGUUCUGAGUGAGCAGCUUAUUAAACAAACAAACACACAAACAUUUUGCGUUUUAAUUCAAUUUAUUUUACUGAUAACCUGCAAUCAGAUUUUAUUUUUGUUAUUAGAUUCCAUUGCACAAGCAACCUGAAGUAGAAAACCUCGCCUUCCUCCUGAGGAGCCUAUGUACAGGACGUCACUGUGAGUUUGCUUUCUUUUCAGUGCAGCCUGUUUGCAUUCCUGACGGGGGAAAGAAACCUAAAUUUUGAGAACUGAAUCCACAUUUAAUUUACUGUCGACAACUGUUCAUGUACUGCUUGUGUACGUUUGUUGCACAAACAUACACACGUACAGUGGCAGUACAAAUAUACUUUUUUUUUUCUUUUUUUUUCUUCUUUUUUUUUUUUUAAUGAUGCUGACUUUUUAGGUACAUCUCGUGCAAGGUUGCUUGUGACCUUAUGUUUAUUCAUUCUGCCAUUUCAUAUAUUUGUUGUAAGCAUGUGUGUGCUUUAGACUCACUUUUAUAAAUCCGUAUAACUGGCUGUUUUAAUUUGCCAACAGCACCUAGAAAUGAUCCGAGUUCUCAACCUAUGGAACGUUGUGUUACUCUUCAAACUAACUGUUUAAAAGUAUCGCAGUGCUUUAGUGAUGGCACGCUGUGCCAUUUUGUGUUUUAUAUCCUCAUGAGACCCCACUGUGUUGUACAAGAACAUCGCUUUCUUUUACUCAAGUGAAUUUCUGUUUGUAUGUACAUCACAAGCUAGUAAAUAGUAAAGAAAAACUGAAAAUGCACGACGUAGUUCAGGUCUCAAGGGGAUAUAACAGCAGCAGGACCACAAAAAAAAAGUGGUUUGAUAUGAAGCGAAACAGGAAGUGUCUCUUUAAUGGAAUCUAGUUGUGCUAGUGUAAAAGUGCCAGAUUGUAUAACUACCAACAUGCUUGAGGAUGACUUGCUACACGUGCUUACUCGCAUACUUUAUUUCUAUAGCUGUUUUUUUUCUCUCUCUCUCUCUCUCUCUCUCUCUCUCUCUAAAAUGCCAUGCCUCUGUGUGGAUAUGUAGUCAGACAGAUGUUGCGAUUUCUUCUCCUGACUAAUUAAAUGUAGGUGUUGGUCUCACAGAAGCAGUCAAGGACAGUAGAUGUGUCCUGUUCUACAUGGAACUAGAGCUUUGUGUCCACUGAUUCAUUUGUAUCUUGAGUGAUUGUUUUAGAAGAUAUUAUGACCCCCUGUUAGCUCCUCCCACCCUUUUCUUACCCAAUCAUUGAUUGCCGUCUGCUCUGCUUGAUCAUUUGCAUUUAUUUCCAUUACGCAUUGUAAGCAUUUUGUGCUUUGUAAAAAAAAAAAAAAAUUACCUCUUAUUUUCUGAUUAUAGUACAAUCUAAAGUGCAAAAAUAACAGUGUUAUACAAUAGCCUGAGGAUGAAAUAAUAACAAACACACACAAAGUAACAUUUUACUUUAUAUAAAUGGAUAUUUCUGCAGUAAGGAAAUGCUGCUGGUGCCUUACAAAUAAAAUCAGAUCAGUGGAGGAAA